AAUGAAAAAUGGCGGCUUUAUGCUCGUUCAGAGCUUUUCCAGUUUAACAGUGCCUCUUCCUCCCGAGCUCUGGCCAAGAAUUUUGUGGGGGUUGUCAAGAUGGAAUGACUCUCGUUCCAACCAGUGUGAUUUGCUUCCAGAUCUUGUUUGCUGUCGUCUACAAUGCAGCGUCAGGGUCACUCUUAUGAAUUGUUACCAACGUCGAGUGAAAGAGCCGGAGAUUCUUCUGCAGGAGAUGAAUCCGGUCACACUAUUUUGCUCGCAAAGCUUUGGCACGCCUGCAAAGAUAGACCUGCCGCUGAAGUGUCUUAUUACUCAAUCGUGUGGAUCGCUCUUUCGAGUGUGGGUCGCAAAAUCCGCCGCUUCUCCUUCAUAUCACUGUUCUUCCUGGCGCUCCUUGCGCUGAUUAUCCUUACCCCUUUACUGAAUCCCUCUUAUCUCCACCGGCCGGCUCACUACGUCGGUGGCAACCCAUUCAACGAAAAGGUCUUCAUAGCAGCCAAUAUUGUUGAUGCAGAUCUUAUCCGGGGUGCAUGGGGACAGGCUGUGAUAGGAUUGAUUGACGAACUCGGGGCUGAGAAUACCUACCUCAGCAUCUACGAAAAUGACAGUGGCCCUGAAACCAGGGAAGCUCUUGCUGAGCUGCGGCAGAAAGUCAAAUGCCGAUCAACAAUCAUUUCAGAACACCUCCCGAGGGAAAAUAUUCCAAAGGUAGAGUUACCGUCGGGAGAGAAACGCAUCAAACGGAUUGAGUACUUGGCCACAGUGCGAAACCGAGCGCUGCAGCCUCUUGAUACCAUUGGCAAAUUUACCGCGUUUGACAAAAUUCUCUUCCUGAACGACGUUGUCUUCUCUCCAGUCGAUGCGGCAAACCUUCUUUUCUCUACCAAUAUUGACUCUGAGGGGCGUGCUCAGUACUCAGCUGCCUGUGCUGUUGACUUUAUCAACCCCUUCAAGUUCUAUGACACAUUUGCGACUCGAGAUGUCAACGGACACAGUAUGGGAGUCCCUUUCUUUCCCUGGUUUACUCCUGGUCAGAGUAGGAAUGAUGUAUUAAGCGGCAAAGACGCCAUUCCCGUCCAAAGUUGCUGGGGCGGAAUGGUUGCAUUCGAUGCAAUGUGGUUUCAACCACCCAAAGCUUCAUGGAUUCCUGCAGGAUUAGACCUUCAGCAGUCUGUAGACCACGUUCCACAGCCUCCGCUCCGCUUUCGCGCUGAAAAGGAAAUGUUCUGGGAGAGCUCCGAAUGCUGCCUCAUUCAUGCAGACAUUCAAGCCGCAGCUGCAGUUCGCACCGGUACUCUCAAGGGCAUAUACGUGAAUCCGUUCAUCCGCGUUGCAUACGACGAAUCGACUCAGAGAUGGCUAGAAACGACCCGGCGCUUUGAAAAGUUGUAUCCUCCCAUCCACCGUCUCAUUUCCAAAAUCGCUGGCCUGCCCAGACUAAACUCUCGUCGCCUCGAGAGCCCAGGCCAGUCUGUGAAUCAUACCGUGUGGAUUCCUGCUCCUCACAAUCGAUUUGAAGAUGUGCGAGACACAGCACCUCCUGGCGGCUUUUGUGGCAUACGUGCCUUGCAAGUCUUGAAAACAAAGCGCAAACCCGGGGAGAAAAUGUGGGAGGUCGUACCUAUGCCAGCUCAGUAACGCGGGGAUGGGUAUCCAGCGUUGACGAACGUAUUGCAUUUUUAUCUUUCUCUUAUGAAUGUUCUCUCUUACUUUCAAUCUCUUUUACUAUUCAUCUGCAAAUUGCACU